AUGGUUGGUCUGGGGAAAGUACUCCACAGUCUAUGGAUUGCAACCGUCUUUCUCGGUCUGCCUUCCACUGCCAAAUCCUCCGAAGCUACCAAAUGGCCGCUCCACAAUGACGGAUACAACGAAGCCGUAGAAUGGGAUCAUUACAGUUUCCAGGUCGACAGCCAAAGAAUCUUCAUCUUUUCAGGUGAAUUCCACUACUGGCGUAUCCCUGUCCCUGGCCUGUGGAGAGAUAUUCUAGAGAAGAUCAAAGCUGCAGGCUUUACGGCCUUCUCCUUCUACUCCAACUGGGCAUACCAUGCCCCAAACAACCAGACACUGGAUUUUUCCACGGGCGCCCAUGACAUCACUCCGAUCUUCGAGCUUGCCAAAGAACUGGGAUUGUAUGUCCUUGUGCGCCCAGGGCCGUACAUCAAUGCUGAGACUACGGCCGGUGGAUUCCCCCUGUGGCUCACGACGGGCGAUUAUGGCAGUCUCCGUAACAAUGACACCCGUUACACUAAGGCCUGGACGCCCUACAUGACGGAGAUGGCUAAGAUCACCAGUCGCUACCAAGUCACUGAUGGAGAGAUGGCUAUUGGCUUUCAAAUUGAAAAUGAGUAUGGUGACCAGUGGAUUUCAACUUCCGAAAAGAUACCCAAUAACACCGCUAUUGCGUACAUGGAGCUUCUCGAGGCUAAUGCCCGCAAAAAUGGCGUUACGAUUCCAUUGACAGCCAACGACCCGAACAUGAACUCGCUUUCUUGGGGCACUGAUUAUAUUACCGGAGAAGGAAAUGUUGAUAUCGCCGGCGUGGAUUCGUAUCCAUCUUGCUGGACCUGCGACAUCAGCCAAUGUGACUCUACCAACGGAGCUUAUGUGGCGUUCCAGGUAGUAGACUACUACGACUACUUUCAAGAUUACCAGCCAACACUGCCCUCAUUCAUGCCAGAGUUCCAAGGAGGUUCCUACAAUCCCUGGGGUGGACCGGAAGGAGGAUGCGCCGAGGAUUUGAACCAAGAUUUCGCCAAUCUGUUUUACCGCUGGAAUAUCGGCCAACGCAUCACAGCAAUGAGUUUAUACAUGAUCUUCGGUGGAACAAACUGGGGUGCUAUCGCUGCACCCGUGACGGCAUCCAGUUACGACUACUCAUCGCCUAUCUCAGAGGACCGCUCUAUUGGAGCAAAGUACUACGAGACAAAGCUGCUGGCUCUGUUUACUCGUGCUGCGAAGGAUCUGACCAAGACCGACCUGAUCGGCAAUGGAACACAGUAUACUGAUAACACGGGUGUUCGCGCAUAUGAACUGCGGAACCCGGAUACGAACGCCGGGUUCUAUGCCACUUUCCAUUCUAACACUUCGACUUCUACGAACGAGGCCUUCCAUCUCAAGGUUGAAACUUCUGUUGGGAAACUGACUGUCCCCGCACAUGGGGGUGUCAUUCGUCUAAACGGGCACCAGUCUAAGAUCGCUGUUACCGAUUUCACUUUCGGAUCUAAGACACUGCUCUACUCGACUGCCGAAGUCUUGACCUAUGUUGUCUUUGACGGUGUGCCGACCUUGACUCUUUGGGUUCCGGCUGGGGAAUCCGGGGAAUUCAAUAUCAAGGGAGCGAAGAAGGGAUCGAUCGAGUCGUGCGAAGGGUGUUCGGGAGUCAAGUUCAUCAAGGAGCAUGGUGGAUUGACUGCUACCUUCACCCAGUCGUAUGGCAUGAGCGUUUUGGAGAUAGACAGUGUCCGAGUUAUCUUGCUUGAUCGCACUUAUGCUUACAAGUUCUGGGUGCCUGCUCUCACGACUGACCCGAGUGUUCCGGACACGGAAAGUAUUCUUGUCCAAGGCCCCUAUCUCGUUCGAGGGGCCAACAUCUCGAAGUCAAAACUGGCAGUCACUGGUGAUAUUGUCAAUGCUACGACAAUUGAAGUUUUUGCUCCGAAGGCCGUGAAAUCCAUCACCUGGAAUGGAAAGGCCGUCAAGACGAAGCGAACAGCUUACGGUAGUUUGAAGGGCUCGAUCUCUGCACCGAAGUCUGUUACAUUGCCAGCACUCACUUCGUGGAAGGCAAAGGACAGCUUGCCGGAGCGCUUCACUACCUACGACGAUACUGGUGCAGCUUGGGUUGCUGCUGACCACAUGACGACUUUGAAUCCUAGAGAACCCACUUCUCUCCCUGUACUAUAUGCAGACGAAUAUGGUUUCCACAACGGCAUCCGUCUCUGGCGCGGAUAUUUCAAUGGCAGUGCCACCGGCGUUACCCUCAACGUCCAAGGAGGAACAGCCUUCGGUUGGUCAGCUUGGUUGAACGGCAAAUUAAUUGGAUCGUUCUUCGGCGACGCAACAGACGAACAAGCCAACCUCACACUCUCGUUUUCCAACGCAACGGUCAGCACCAGCACACCCAAUGUCCUGCUAGUCGUCCACGAUGACACAGGUCACGACGAAACAACAGGAGCCCUGAACCCGCGCGGAAUCCUCGACGUCGACCUCCUCGGUUCCUCCUCAGGCUUCACUCACUGGCGUAUCGCCGGAACAGCAGGCGGCGAGUCCAAUCUCGACCCUGUACGCGGCGCCUACAAUGAAGACGGACUUUACGCCGAGCGAGUCGGCUGGCAUCUCCCCGGAUUCGACGAUUCGACCUGGGAGAGCGUUAGCGACAGCUCAAGCCUGAGCCUCGAGGGUGCCACAGUUCGAUUCUUCCGCACAGUUGUCUCGUUGGAUCUCCCAUCCGAUUAUGAUAUCUCGAUCUCGUUCGUCUUGGGUACUCCGACUAGCUCGGUGAUUACCUACCGGUCGCAGCUAUUUGUGAACGGAUACCAAUACGGACGAUUCAAUCCGUAUAUUGGAAACCAGGUGGAAUUCCCCGUUCCACUCGGUGUCUUGAAUUACAAUGGUGAGAAUACCAUAUCAGUCGCUGUUUGGGCACAGUCUGAAGAGGGUGCUGCUAUUUCUGUGGAUUGGAAGGUCAAUUAUGUGGCUGAUAGCUCGUUGGAUGCGAGUGAGAUUAAUGACGCUAGCCUGCGGCCGUCUUGGACGAAGGAGAGGCUCAAGUACGCGUAA